CCAUGACUCACUGUUGAAACCCUAACACACCCACUUUCGAUUUUUCUCUUCUACUUUGCAUUCAUUGAUUAAUUCAAUGACAUUCUUCUUCCUUAAUCUUUCGUCUUUCGUUUCCAGUUACCGUUCAUUGUUUUAUCCGAAAAUGGGUCGCGCCAAAGCAAUCAUGAAGCGAAUUCAAGAUAACAGAGUUCGUAAAACAACGUUCUUGCACAGAAGAAAGGGGUUACUCAAGAAAAUGUCUGAUUUUUCCACCAUUUGUGAUUCUCAAUCCAAUGCGUGCCUCAUUGUGUAUGAUGGUGAUGGUGCCCAUGAUUCCACACCUGAGAUUUGGCCCCAAAACCCUACAGUGGUACACUCGGUUCUUCAAAAGUAUGAGUGUGAGAAGAAUAACAAGACUACUCCUGUCAUGAAAUUCGAACUUGAAGAAUUUUUUGAGACAAAGAAGAAGAGUGUUGAAGAUGAGAUUGCCAAAGUGAAAAAAGAAAUCAUCAAUCUCAAGUUUCCCACUUGGGACCCUAUUUUUCUGAGUCUUGGAAAAGAGAGGUUGGGGCCACUCAUUGCUGAAUUGGAUGCUAAGAUCAGUGCUUGUGAUCAAAGGGUUAACUUGUUAAAGGGCAUGCAAGAAAGUGAAGUGAUCAACGCAAACAUGGCUCAAGAGGAAGAAGAUAUCUCUGAAACCCAUGUUAUCUCUGCUCCUAUUAGUCCAGUUAUUGAUGGAAUGGUGGAUUCUACUGAACAAGUAAAUGGGCAUUUGGAAUGUACAAAUCAAGUUAUUGAUGAAAUGGUGGAUUCUACUGAUCAAGUUAAUGGGACUUUGGAUUGUACAAAUCAAGUUUUUGAGCCAGUGGAUUCAGAUAGUGGGCUUGAGGAGUGGGCUUGCAAAUUUCUUGAGAGUGAUUAUUGGGCUAAUCAACAAGGUGAACCAGUGGAUUCGGCUAGCGGGCUUGAGGAUUGGGCUUGCAAAUUUCCUGAGAGAGCUAAUCAACAAGGGUAUUGGUAUUAAGGAAAGGUAUUACCUUGUGCUGAGACAGAAGCUUUGAGGGUUCUUUGUCAAUUUUUUAUUUUAGAGCUUUUGAUUUCUAUCUGGGGCCUGGAGUUUGGAGAGCUUGAUAGGUGAAGAUGCUAACAUAUGGAGAAUCCAGAAUUCACUUUAAGAGGGUAUUGCAAGUCGGGACUGUGUGAUCCUGUUAAUUCCUCACCAUGAUGUUUUGUCAUGCUUUAUUAUAUCGAUGAACUCUUACAUGUGACAUGGACGGAUCUCUAACCUUUUCAUGGAUCACGAACAUGGAACUUUGAGCUCCAUCAGAUAUGGUCGGUUCAUGCUUCCUGAAUCUGGGUUUUGCUGAAAUGAGGGCCUGAAGAUCUGUAUAUCUCAAGACUGAGAGAUCAAAGAUGAUAUGUCUAAUGGAGGAGAAAAAACCUGAAGAGAGGAAAAGCUCAAGCUCUGUUUGAGAUUUUGUGUUCAUAGGUCAACUUCGAGAUCGACAAAGCAAUUAGAGUGUGCAAAGUACUGUUUUAUUUGAAAUCUUGGUAUGUACAUAGUUACCAAAGCUAUUUGUGGAACUAUGCAGCAAGUACAAGGGUGCAAAGAUAUGGAUGGGGAACUAAGGAGGAUCUGAUCAUAUCAAUCUUGGGUCAUCGGAAUGCUGCUCAAAGGAAGCCUAUCAGGGAAACUUAUGCUGAAACUUAUGGAGAAGAUCUUCUCAAGGCCUUGGACAAAGUUGACUAGUGACUUUGAGAGGCUGGUUCACGUUUAGGCCCUUGAUUCUGCUGAACGUGAUGCAUUUUUGGCAAACGAAGCAACUGAGAGAUGGACUUCAAGCAAUCAGGUGCUGGUGGAAAUAGCCUGCACUAGGUCCUCUGAACAAUUGUUUGUUGCGAGACAUGCUUAUCAUGCUCUUCAUAAGAAGUCUCUUGAGGAGGAUGUUGCUCAUCAUACAACAGGGGACUUCCGUAAGAGACCUACACUCUGUUACUUGGAGUUGGAGAUUUGCAAGUUCUGUCUGUAUCAGAUUUGGGUUUAUUCCUCUUCCGUGUUCAGUGUCAUUGCACAAAAUGAAUAUAAAAAGCUUGCAAAGGAGAUUCCCAACAGAAAAUAAAUAGAAUUUACUUUACUCAAUCUGCAUCUGGAUUGUGCAGAAUUGACUAUUCUUUAUCAUCUUGACUAUACUCAAUUUGUAUCUGCUGUCAAGGGUUUUACAAUUUCUUCUUUUUCUAUUUCUAUUUGGAUUGUGCAGUGGAUCAACUGAUAGAAACAUAAGCAUUUGGAAGAGAGAUGCUUUUGGGUGAAAGAAUUAGAUCAGAACGCAAUGUGCAGCAUGUUGACACCACUGACUCUACUAUGCUGCCAGCUGAAGAAUCACAAAAGUGGUUGAGCAGAAACUUUUAUUUUUCCUUUUCUCAACAAGUUUAUGUUGCUAGGUUCAUAUGAAAUGCUAUUGGGAGAGGAAAUGUCAGAGCCGAGAUAGAGAUGGAAUUGGAAGCUCAACUAGAAUAAUAGAAUUUUGAGAUCAUGUUUCUUGGAACAACUUCGCUGUGAGGAUUUUGUUUUUCUAAGUAUUUUGUAUAGUGAACUUAUGUUUGCUCAUUUAUCAAACAAUCUUCUGGGUUGUAGGUUGUCUCUGAUUUACAUUUCCAGCUUUUUGUUGAACACUUUGUGGUUUUAGUUCAAU